GCUUUGUGGCUUUGAACCAUUUUAUGAUGAAAGGGGAGAUCAGUACAUGUUUAAGAGAAUCCUGAACUGUGAAUACGACUUUGUUUCCCCCUGGUGGGAUGACGUGUCUCUGAAUGCCAAGGAUUUAGUUAAAAAGUUGAUUGUUUUAGACCCCAAGAAACGCCUCACCACUCUACAGGCUUUGCAGCACCCAUGGGUCACAGGGAAGGCGGCUAACUUCGCACAUAUGGACAAUGCACAAAAGAAACUUCAAGAAUUCAAUGCCCGGCGUAAACUUAAGGCUGCAGUGAAAGCUGUGGUGGCAUCAACUCGCCUCGGCAGUGCCAGCGGUCACAGCACGCACGACAGCAACAAGCCCAGCCGUAAUCCAUCUCCUGUCCAUGACAGCAAACCCGAAGAAAAACCCACUCAGGAAGCAGAACCAGCUCCAGAAGAAAUGUCUUAGGUCAAUGUGCUUCCUUGUUUCAGCUGAGAUCUGUCAUUUCAUACACCAGCUAACUUGUCAUUCAGCAAGAGAGAUUUGUAAGCUUGGCCUCUCUGGUUCUGCUUUGGGGUGCCAAAUGCACUGGCUGGUGAUCCUACCUUCAAUGCAUGUGACUGCUUAUGAAAAUAGUAAACUGUUCCAUAAGGCAUGUCAUGGAAACAGUGUUAUUUGCAGUAAUACCGGCAGGUGAAAACAUGGGGAUGAAUAACUACCUACCGUAAUGUGUAUACUUCAUAUACAUCUAUCCAGUGUUUCUAGAUGGCAUUUGAAACAAAAUACUGUUUAAUUUGGUUUUAUGGAAGUAGGUGUCUUCUGUAUGUCGUUUCUUUGAACAGCUUCCUUCCAGAUUCAUAGUCCUGCAGCAGACGAAAUGGAAGGAAAUACUAAGUCAAUGCUUUUAAAACUCAUGUACAAAAUAAUGCUUUUUAUCUGUAAAAGUCAAAAAGUAUUUGGGGAUUUAUAUGCAAAAAA